AUGCGUUUACCAAGGAUUUGGUUGGCCACAGUUCUGUUUGUGAUGAUACAAAGCUCGAGUGCGGAGAUCAUUGAUUGCGAUUUCUUCGAUACCGUAAGUCUCUCGGCAGAACAGAGGCUCUCGGACGGAUCCUAUUCCUAUAAUGAUGUAAUUAUUCCCGCAAAUUUGACCGGAACAUAUGACUUCCGGAUUUUGCCGGAUGGCCGAAGAGAAAAUGUCGCGAUUCACAUAAGAGGAUGUAUCUGUAAAGUAAAAACCUGUAUUAGGUUUUGCUGUCCUCCCGACCAUUUGUUUGUUGACAGCCAGUGCUUUAAAAACAAUAUGACAGAGGUCGAGCUGGAUCCUUUUCUUAACGUAACCCUUAAUGAUGGAUCGGUUGUGAAGAAGCACUUUGCAGACGACGUAUUCGCACAAUGGGAUAUUCCGAUUCCUUGUGACUCGAUUUUCUACCUAGACAAUCGACAGGAAACGGAUCAGUACAAUUUAUUCGAGAACGGAACAUUUUUACGCCAUUAUGACAACAUGUUUAUGGACAAAAGAGACUACUGCCUGCAGCAUUUUCCUUUGGAGGACGAAAACAAUAUUAAAUUCCUUAAAGUAACGCCCUUUAACUGUUUUUAUGAAGAAUCUUCAAAAACUGGACAAACCGUGGUCGUCAUCUCAUCGCAAAUUUGUAUCGUUCUUACAAUCACUGUGUAUCUUAUCGUUAAACCUUUGAUGAAUAUUCAGGGGAAAUGCUUUGUCUGCUACUUGUUUUGCCUUUUUAUGAGUUACCUCUUCUUGUUGCUCGAGUUGUGGAGAUUUUCGGAUGAAUUCUGCGUUGCAGCAGGAUUCAUAAGCUAUUUUUUCAUCAUGGCCGCGUUUUCAUGGCUGUCUGUUAUUAGCUUGAAUUUAUGGAGAUCGAGUUCCUUCCGCUCUGAGCCGCUACAUCUCCUUCGGAACUACAGCUUUUCCGCAUGGGGAAUAGCGAUGAUAUUGACAGGAGCCACCCUUUUAGCUUUUAAAUUUGUGACCAAUGAAGAUUGGAAUCCUCGUGUGGGCCACCAAUAUCACUGUUGGAUCUACACUAAAGACUGGUCUGCCCUGCUCUACUUCUUUGGACCGAUUCAGUUGCUUGUUACGCUCAACACCAUCUUUUUUAUCCUCACAGCUAAAAGAGUAAUAAUGGUGACAGGGGAGCUAAUGAACAACUCUGAGAAACAGAAUUUCAUCUUCUUUUUUCGAGUCUUUAUCGUCAUGGGUCUAUCUUGGAGCCUGGAAAUAUUUUCGUACUUGGUGCAAAACAAUAACAACUGGGCAGAUAUUUUUCUGGUGGCUGACUACUUUAAUUGGUCCCAAGGCAUUUUGAUAUUUGGGCUGUUAAUUUUAAAGGGCAGUACGCUAAAACUCCUAAAAAAGAGGUGA